GUAAUGGGAAUUUUCAAACAGUUCAAGAAAAUCAGCCUGAUUCAAAUAAACUUGUAUAUGUCCAAUUGGACAUCAUAUAUUUUUUCAAAUCCAACACUGCUUCAAAACCUUAUUCUAUGAGAAAACGUCUAGUCAAGCGCAAAGUUUUCUUGGUAAUAGAUAAACUUCAGAUGGCCCUUUUCGAUGCAGAGGGUAGGGUGUCUUCGAAUUCAUCGUUGGAGAUGACUACGAUCCUGAUGUUGAGCUUGGGUUUAAUUAUCUAUUCUACACCACGUACUCCAGCGGUAGAGAUGGUGAUAGUUCGUACUAAUAAUGGAGAUGACUACAAGGUUUGA